CCUUCCAGAAAAGGGGCCAGUGUAGACGUAGCCAAUGAGAACAGCCUCUCCAGCCCCUUUGGAGCCCUCUUCAGGGAGGUGCAGGCCGCUCUCAAAUCCCCCCUCGCUCUGCUCUUCUGCAGACUGAGCGAGCCCCAGUCCCUCUGCCACGUGCUUCAGCCCCUCAGCAUUUUCAUUGUGCUCUGCUGCACUUUCUCUAACGCGUCUAAAUCCUUUCUGAAAUGGGGGCCCAAACCUGGCCGCAGUACUCCAGGUGUGGCCUCACCAGUGCCGAAUGCAGGGAAUCCCUUCUCCCUUCACCCUGGCUGGCUCGGCCUCCCCAGGUGGUACUGACAGCUGGCUGGCUCCUCACACCCAGAGGCAGGGGGGUGUCUAGUCCCUGCUCUGCCAUCUCCUGGUGCUGCUGCUCCUACUAAUGCAGCCCAAUGUGCUGUUAGCCUUCCUGGCUACAGGGGCUCACUGGUGACUCGGACCUAGCUUCUCAGCCACUGUCCUUUCCUGGGCCACCAGUUCCUGGCCGACUGCUGGAGCCAGUGGCCCAGGAAGGGGAAAGGCUGCCUAUCCCUUGCCCCAUGGGGAUGCUCUGUCGCCUGCAUGUCAUGUCCUGGCUCCACCCUCUCACUCUCCUGUCCCCUUCUCCCCAGAUAAGUGGUGACAGGUAUGAGGGGGAGGUGCGGGCCUACGAGGUGCUGGCGAGGGGCGCAGCGCAGGAGCCCGAGGGCUGGCGGCACGGCGUGGCUGGGGUCCGGGAUGCCGUCAGCAAAGAGAAACAGAAGGUGAAGGAAGAAAGGAGGAAGAAGAUAGAGACGUUCAGCAGCUCUCGGCUGCGGCUGGAGAGCCUCCAGGACUUGGAGGCCAUCGUCAAGCAGAGACAGCACAAGAAGAGACUGAGGAGGGUGGUCCGCCCCAAGGAGCCGGAGCCAGAGCCCAAGCCAGCCGUCAAGGCGGCACCUGUGGAUGCGGCGCGGUUCCUGCAGGCCGUGCGGGAGAACCAAGUCCCCCUGAUUGACAAGUAUCUGGCAGACGGCGGGGACCCCAAUGCUCACGACCAGGUGCGGGGGGAGGGGCUCUGGGGCCUGAACCCAGGAUGUGCAUUGAGCAAAGCGCAGCCCUCUGAGCCCCUCGGGUCCCUGCUCUGUGGCCGGGGGUCCAGCUGGGGUGGGUGGCUGGAGGCCACGCCCCUGCUCUGGGCCUGCCGCGGGGGGCACCUGCAGAUCCUCACACGCCUGCUGGACAGAGGCGCCAAGGUCUCCGUGCGGGACAAGCUGAGGAGCACGGCGCUGCACGUGGCUGUGCGGACGGGGCACUGCGACUGUGCUGAGCACCUGAUCGCCUGCGGGGCCGACCUCGACGCGCAGGACAAGGAGGGGGACACGCCCAUUCACGACGCCAUCCGGCUGGGCCGCUUCAAGGCUGUGAAGACCCUGCUGCUGUACGGGGCGAACCUCAGCAUCCGGAACCAGGAGGGCCUGAGCCCCGUGGACCUGGUGAAGGACUGGCAGAGGGGCAUCCGGCAGACCCUGCAGGUGUGUGCCAGCCAGCAGCGCCCCCCUCGAAGGCACUGAUGCAGCAGGACCAGCUCUCAACCCCCUCCCCCAGUGACCACGGGGGUCCGGGCCCCAGCCCUGAGCUGUCCCUGCUGGCAGUACUUGCUCCUCCCCAAGGCAGGACCCUGGCCCCAGCGGGGGGCUGAGAGGCUGCUCCUGUGCAGUGAAGUGCUCCUGCUGCCCCCACCCACCAGGGCUGCAGCCCUUUCCU